AUGACCCGCACGCCCAGCAAUACGCCCGCCACCCUGUCGUCUCCGCCCACUCCUUCCCGCCGCAGCCCAUGCACCCGACGGACCGCCGCCCGCCGCUGCCCAUCGACAUCAAGCCGGUCCAGAAGCCCACCGCCACCUACGAGCUGGAUGACUCCCCGCCCAUCGAGCCGCACAUCGUCAUGCAGAUGGGCGGCAUCCCGUACGCAGACCUGUGCAAGGAAAAGGUCCGUGAGGCCUUCAAGGAGAUGA